GCCAGUAAACAAUUUCUUGUUUGGGAAUACACUACAUUAUUUAUUUUUAUUUAAUUCUCUACACCCUACGUUCACAAGAACAUGCGAAAAGCACAGUCGCCACAAAAAGCGGAGCAAAAAAAAGAUCCAAAUAAGCAAGAAAAAAGUUCUGACACAGACACGCGGAAAACUAUGGAGCCGAAAAAGGAUGUUUAUAAGGUAUUUGAUCAGAAGAAAGACUCGGUGAGGCAGGAUAGAAUGGCACCGGCAGCCGACAGCAGAAGAGACAUAGGCAAGGCUUACGAGAUGAAGAGGGAGUUUGCAAAACAAGAAAGAUGCACAUUGAUUGUCGACCAGACGAGAGAGCUAUCAAACCUUUUUGAUACCAAAAAAGACGGCAGACUGGAUGGCCAGACCAUUUUUCGUGAGCAGAGUAGGGAGCUUCACAAGCCUUUUGAGCUACGGAGGGAGAUGGGCAAAAAUAUAGAUCAGAAAAGGGAACCGCCUUUGAAAGCAGUAGAGCCUAAAAAAGAUGUGAUAAAGAUGGCAGACCAAAUGAAAUGCAUACCUCUGCAUCAAAAAGAGCCAUUGACGGCUGCAGAGAUGUGGAAAAAUGCAGCAAAGCUUUUAGAUUCUAAAAAGGUACCCAAGAAAUUCAAUUUUGUUGAUCAAUUCGAUAAAAAAUUUGCACCUAGGAGCUACACAAGAGAUGAAUAUCCGAUCGCGUUUCAUCAGUCGAUACUGUACCAAAACACACUGCGAAAGCCGCCACAAACCAAGGAUCGGGUGGCAGUUCCCGAUUUUUUUCCAAAACAGGGCAUUCACAUUUUUGAGGGGCCUGAGGUGUACCACAAAUUAGAUAUAGACACUCUCUUCUUCAUAUUUUACUUUGCCAAGGACGAAAAACAAUACUUUAGUGCCCGCGAGCUCAAGAAGUAUUCGUGGAGGUUCCACACAAAAUACAACACGUGGUUCCAAAGACUGGAGGAGCCAAAGCUUAUUACGGAGUAUUAUGAGCAGGGAGUAUUCUUGUUUUUUGAUUAUGAAGUAACAUGGACGAAUAGAAAGAAGAAAGAUUUUACUUUUGAGUACAAAUAUUUAGAGAAUAUUGAAAUGUAAAUAAAGACUUAUUAAAUUUGCU